GCUCUGUCUGCUGUCUCGGAUCUGGACUGCGCAAGCUUGUUUUCCCAGCAACCGUUUAGACUUUCCCGACCAACAACGAAGUCUUGCUUAUCCUCCCUCCACGCUAUUCAAUUGAACAAUUUUCGACGCGUAAGGAUAACCUCAAUUGAGUCCACAUCACAAUGUUCGCUCGAUCUGCUUUCCGGGCCGCGCAGCCGCUGAAGCUGCAAGCCCGCCGCUAUGCCACCGAGCCCGCCAAGGGCGGCAGCUCCAAUCCGGCCCUGUACGCCGGUGCCGCGGCCGCCGUCGCGGGCGGCGCCUACUACUUCCUUUCCGGUUCCUCCGCCCCCGCCGCGGCCCAGAAGGCCGAGGCCAAGAUCAAGGACGCCGUCGGUGCGGCACCCAAGAAGGCGCUGACGGGCGGCGACCAGGGCUUCGUGUCGCUCAAGCUCGAGGACGUUGAGAUCGUCAACCACAACACCAAGAAGUUCCGCUUCAAGCUGCCCGAGGACGACAUGGUCUCUGGCCUCACCGUCGCGAGCGCUGUCCUGACCAAGUACAAGGGCCCCGAGGACGAGAAGGCCACGCUGAGGCCGUACACGCCUACCAGCGACGAGGAUGCCAAGGGCUACGUCGAGCUUCUCGUCAAGAAGUACCCCAACGGCCCCAUGUCAACGCAUAUGCACGACAUGACGCCCGGCCAGCGGCUCGACUUCAAGGGCCCGCUGCCCAAGUACCCCUGGUCGCCCAACAAGCACGACCACAUCGCCCUCGUCGCCGGCGGCACGGGCAUCACGCCCAUGUACCAGCUCGCGCGCGCCAUCUUCAACAACCCCGACGACAAGACCAAGGUCACGCUCGUCUUCGGCAACGUCACCGAGGAGGACAUCCUGCUCAAGAAGGAGUUCUCGGAGCUCGAGAACACGUACCCCCAGCGCUUCCGCGCCUUCUACGUCCUCGACAAGCCGCCCAAGGAGUGGGUCGGCAACAAGGGCUACAUCACCAAGGAUCUGCUGAAGCAGGUCCUCCCCGAGCCCAAGAGCGAGAACAUCAAGGUCUUCGUCUGCGGCCCCCCCGGGCUGAUGAACGCCGUCUCGGGCAACAAGAAGAGCCCCAAGGACCAGGGCGAGCUGGUCGGUGCCCUCAAGGAGCUGGGCUACAGCCCCGACCAGGUCUACAAGUUCUAAGCAAGGACGCUUGGAAGGGUUGGAGACCAUCGGUAGUGGAGGUGGUAUUGUUUGUAUGAAUAACUGAGGCGAUAGAAGGCAUAGAUCCCAUUGUCGAAUGCUCAAAGAUGACGCAUUGCCGAAUUUCUGUCUCAUUUCCAUGUUCUAC